AAUAUAAAUUUAAGUUCACUGCUCAGCUCAACUAAUUACCCUCUUUGGAUCCCAUUCUCUCUUUCUCUCUCUCUCUCUCUCCCUCUCUCUCUCUCUCUCCCUCUCAUAAGGGAGUUUUACUGUAGUGAUACAUCCCCCAGCUUCAAAGAAAGAGAGGAAUUGAAGAAGCAACCAAGGAGAAUAAAGGCCUUUUCUCACAUCUAUAAAUCCCACUCUCAUAUUUGUUAGCUUUCUUCACAUCUGGGGUCUGCAAUUCAGAGGCUGCUCUUCUAAUUUCUCUUGGUGCAACAAUAUUAUAUACUGGGAGCUAUCUCCAAUUCGUUGAUCAUCAGAACCAUGUCCAGCUGCAGCCUCGAUGUGUCCUCUGAGCAACUCUGCUACAUCCCUUGCAACUUCUGCAAUAUCGUUCUUGCGGUGAGUGUUCCAUGCAGCAGCCUGUUUGACAUAGUGACCGUCCGAUGCGGGCACUGCACCAAUCUAUGGUCAGUGAACAUGGCUGCCGCCUUUCACUCCGUCUCAUCAUGGCCUCAACAACAACUACAACCACUACCAGACCAUCAUCACCAUCACCAUCACCUUCAGACUCCCAACUACACCACCUCAUCACCAGAUUACAGGAUUGACUCAGCUGGCUCCUCUUCCAAAUGCAACAAAAAAAUUCCAAUGCAAGCCACAGCUGGCACGAGUGCCACCGAAGAACGGAUUGUGAAUCGACCUCCUGAGAAGAGGCAGCGCGUACCUUCUGCAUAUAAUCAGUUCAUAAAAGAGGAGAUCCAGAGGAUCAAAGCCAAUAAUCCUGAUAUUAGCCACAGAGAAGCAUUCAGCACUGCUGCCAAAAAUUGGGCUCAUUUCCCCCAUAUUCAUUUCGGGCUAAUGUUGGAGACCAACAAUCAAUCCAAGCUGGAUGAGGGCUCUACAGAGAAGCAUUUACUUCCAAGGGCUGCAGUAUUCAACAAAUAAAAUUUCCUGAAUUGGCAAGGGCAGUGGGUUGAGGGUACCCUUGUUGUUAAGGAAACAAAGCCCUUCACUCUUUAAUGUGUUUCAAGGACAUUUAUGAACCUAUAUAUAACCUUUUCUUUAUUGUAUGUGUUUGGGAGGUACUAUUUACAUGAGCUGUACUAAGUGAUCAAUGACUUUCUUUUUUUACUCCCA